GUGCCUGAUGAGCCAGGGAAAGCGCUGGGUUCAGCCCACAGCACACACAAACCAGUAACUAUUACUGGUAGAUACUCCAAUGGUCUAAAGAUGAGGAGGUUCUAGAAAAUGUGGGUUAUUACAGAAGCCCACAGAAGAAAAAGAGGAAGGAAAGCCAGUAUAAGAAAGCAGAACCUUUACUUCGCAAGCUAUACGUGGGUUGAGCUAAUGACUGCCACAAUUCACACAGCUGAGUGUCUUCCCAAACAAAGCUGAUGCUUGAGACAGCCAACACCACUGGGAUGCAGGGCUUCAACAAGUCUGAGCGGUGCCCCAGAGACACUCGGAUGACCCAGCUGGCGUUCCCAGCCCUCUACGCUGCGGUCUUCUUGACAGGCGUCGUGCUCAACACCUUAGCCCUCUGGGUGUUCGUUCACAUCCCCAGCAGCUCUACCUUCAUUGUCUACCUCAAAAACACUCUGGUAGCAGAUUUGAUAAUGACACUAAUGCUUCCCUUCAAAAUCCUCUCUGACGCACACCUUGCACCCUGGCAGCUCAGACUUUUUGUAUGUACUUUCUCUUCUGUGGUCUUUUAUGCGACCAUGUAUGUAGGUAUCAUGAUGCUGGGCCUCAUCGCUUUUGACAGAUUCCUAAAGAUCAUCAGACCUUUUAGAAAAUGUUUUGCGAAAAAAACUGCCUUUGCAAAAAUAGUCUCAACUGUCAUCUGGCUCCUGAUGUUCCUCAUCUCCCUGCCAAACAUGGUCUUGAGCAAGAAAGCAACGCCAUCAUCUGUGAAGAAGUGUGCGUCUUUAAAGAGUCCCCUGGGUAUGCUGUGGCAUCAAGUAGUCAGUCACGCAUGCCAGGUCAUUUUCUGGACGGUCUUUAUCCUGAUGCUUCUGUUUUAUGUGGUGAUUACCAAAAAGGUAUACAAUUCCUAUAAAAAGUUUAAAAGUAAGGGCAGGAAGCACAAAAGGCUAGAGGCGAAGGUCUUUAUUGUCAUAGCUGUCUUCUUUGUGUGCUUUGCCCCAUUUCAUUUUGUCAAAGUUCCAUAUACCUACAGUCAGGCUAAUAAGACUGACUGUAGAUUAGAAAACCAACUGUUCGUUGCUAAAGAAGCAACUCUCUUUUUGGCAACAACUAACAUUUGUAUGGACCCCUUAAUCUACAUAAUCUUAUGUAAAAAAUUCACAGAAAGGGUGCCAUGUAUAAGGAGGAGAAGGACAAAGAUGGACGCAUCAAGUGAAGAGCAUCACAGCAGUCAGACAGACAACAUCACCCUGGCCUGACAACUUUCUCCCACAUGCUAAUUUUACACAUGGCUUCACUUCUAUUUAAGGAUGGGACUUCAAAAGAUCAUUCACUUGGAGAUUUCAUUUAAGCAUUACAGAAAAAGGGGGGAAACAGUUUCCUAUCGUUUAUUAUCCUGGUGUACAGAAAAGAUGAUACACAUUUUAACCAUACAGAUGUAUUUAUAAGCAAAAUAAACUAACGUCGUGUGACUGUUCAGGCAGCAAACUGUCUAUCAUUUUUUUUUUUUUAAUUCCGAUUUGGAAGCUGUUAACCUGCACUUCCUGUUUACUCGGGUAAUUA